UUUGGCCUUCGUCAAGGAAAUCACGGACAGAAUCAUGGACCUGGUCAGCAAGAGGAGCGCCAACAGCACCAUCAUCAGCGCCAUCGCCGAGGUUCGAAUCCAGAAACGACAGAGCCACGACGCCAACGCCGACCACCUCAUGCCUUUGCUGGUUUCCGCAGUGAUAGUUGUCUGGGUGUUGGCGAUCGCCUCCAUGUUGCUGUGGUGCGUGAGGAGGCGGAGGAAGCAGAGCACCCACGCGGGGGUCAGCGCGCAGGCGUCCUCUUUGGCGUCCGUGGUUGAGGACAACAACACCCUCCAUAACAGUGUCAGCACCGCCCGCGAGCAGCUCAACCACAUCAAGAACCCCAUCGUGAAAAACCCUGGGAUCCACCACCAUCAACACCACCACCUCCUCCUCCUCCAUCACCACCUCUGCGAGGACAAGAACUCCGUCAACGCCAGGAUCAGGAAGUCAGAUACUGGGAGCCAAUCGGACGAGGACGAGAUGGACAAGAGGCUGCAGAAGGCGAGGUUCGCCAGGGCGCCACAGUCGUACUCGCUGGUAGACUGGGAGGAACCACCCCCCCACCAUACGACAGGCAAACCCCCACACUGGACAAGCAAACAGGACAACAGGCAGCUGCAGUCACAGAGCGUCAACAGGACGGAGUACAUCGUAUAACCACCAGGGCUCAGAAUGACUGGCUGCCCCCCCAGGUGGUGGAGGACUUUUGGUCUUUUUUUUUUUUUUGGUUCAGACUUGAUUUUCAAGAUGUUUUCUUGCUGUUUAAUUUAUGUUUUGACUGACACUGGUCUGACCGGUCCACGGCGGUUGGCUGGAUCUUCGGUUUCGUGGACCCCGUUUUUUGUUAACGACGAGAAAUUUGGACACGCAGGAGCCUCACGUGCACUACCAGCAUCUUUCAUUCAAGAAUGAGUUUUGCGUUUGAAUGCGGAUGGAUCUGGAAAGAAUUUAUUUAUUUUGGGUUUUUUUGGGGGAGAAAUUUCAGCGAAAUAUGAAGAAUCGUCCGUGUUGAAUGUUUCUGUACAGAUGUGUAAAUAAUGUUUUAAUUAAUCAAUGUAUAUUUGAUUUAUUAACUUAACGUCAGGAGCCUUAAGAUAUUCUUUUUUUAUUUUUUUUAUUUUUUUUAUUUAUGAGUAUUGUUUAGAGUUGAAGGUUUGUAAGCUCACGAUUUCUUUUUGAUAAAACGCCAAAAGUGUUCUUGAAAGAAUAGUUUAUUUUUAGCCUUUUGGAUUUGGGCAUUUUUGUGCCUCAACUUAAAUGUUUUGUACAUUGUCUGUUGUUCCAUGACGUUCUAUUGGGAUGUUCUCCAGGAUGUUCUGUUGUAUUUACUUUAAUUGUAAAUGAAGAGGAGAGGCGGGUGAGAGCUGGGGGUUUGGUUUAGCUGCUGCAGGGUUUUACACAAACCAACAUGGUGGCAGACAUUUUGCUUUUGCUACUGAAAACAAAUUCUUCAAGGGACGCAACUUUUUUUUGUAGUACUUUUUGUAUUUUGUACCGUGUAUAAAUAUGCUUUGGAUCCUGAUUCCAUGUUUGUAACAAUCUGAAUGAUCAAACCUACGUCAUUAAAAGCAUAAUGAGUAGGAUUUUCCUAAAAAAGAAAA